AAAAAACAUGACUUGAGAGUUGAGGUGCCGCUAUUACUAUACUACUCUUUGCUAUUUACAAUGUUGUCAAAUACGUUAAUAUUGUAAUUACUUAGUUUAACAACUAAGUGUGUGAAUUGUGAUUGCAAAAUGAGUAUUCGUAUAGGGCUUACUUCGGAUGCAAGUUGCAGCACAUUAUAUUCAUAUUUGACUUCGAGAUUGGAGUGAUUGGUAUCCUCAGAUUAAUGUUAUAUUCUCUCAAGAUUUAUGACAUCUGCCCUCCUUGCGAUUUUAAAAUUAGAUAAAAAGAUGUUAAGCAGAGGAAUGUUGUACCAUAAGUCCAUCGACCAAUCAAAAAUUGAACGAAUAUACAAUGCAAUGGCGAGUGACGAUCUAGCUGAUGUUGUUAUGACUACAUUAAACAUACUUGAAGAAUCUGGAGGUAGUAUUGAACAUCCUAGUAAUGGAAAGUUAGAAUUGGAAUCUGAUGGUCUUCGUACGAUAGGAAAUGAUUUCUUUAAUAAAGGUGAUUAUCAUGCAUCUUUGCAAUGUUACAAUAAAGCACUUUGUCAUGCUCCAAAGGACGGAAGAGCAAUCAAACUCGCAUAUAGUAACAGAUCAGCUCUCUUUCUUAAAACGAAAUGUUACAUUGACUGUAUUAAAGAUAUAGACAGAUGCUUUGCUCUCGGAUGCCCAGCUGAUAUAGAGAAAAAGCUCAUAAAGCGAAAGAAGGAAGCAAAUUACCAUGUUCCAAGUGAAUUUUACAAAAUGAAAUGCAAGGAUUAUUUCAAAAUUAAAAGUCCUUGUGAUACCAUCCUACCCUCUAUAUCUUCACAAAUAAAAAUUGAAAUCAAUGAUGAAUAUGAACUGAAACUGACUGCCGUGGAGGAGAUAAAGUCUGGUAUGGUACUGGCACAUGAAACUGCCUAUGUGACUUCUAUACAUCCUGAAGAUAUCUACUCAGCAUGCUACUAUUGUCUUAAAAUUACGCCAUGUCUACUACCAUGCGACACUUGUUGUUACUGUAUGUUUUGCAGCGAAACAUGUAAAAUAAAAUGCUUCGACGAAUACCAUGACAUUGAAUGUAAAUUCAUUGAAAACUUUAGCUUUAGACCUGUGUCAUUAUUAAUUAUCAAAACAAUAUUAAAACUUUUCAAGAAAGUUAACAGUUGGCCGGAACUGAUUGCCGCUUCCAAACUCUUAGGAACAGAGAGAAUAAAAAACAGCUCUUUGAAAGAAUUGUUAAAUCCGGACAGUCUCUUUUCCAUCCUGUCUUUCCCGGAUAACAAACCAUUUGUGUAUGGACCAAUGUAUAACAGUUGUUUUGAAUGUGCAGAAAUAAUAAAUUGUUUAUCAGAGUUUCCACAUUUUUACCCAUCAAAAAACACCUCCGAAUAUAUCGAGGCUAAACGGGCACUUGCGAGAAUCAUGAUGCAUUUACACAUUUUUGGUAUGCCCAGCACUGUGAUACAGUCCGUGUAUGUUCAGAACAAAAACAAAUUGACUCUAAAAGCGAGUGCAGCUUUCUAUACGUGUUUUGGAAAGAUGAAAGUGUCCUGCAAUUCAAAUGCUGAAAUCCAUUACCUUAACAACAAAGCUGUGUUGAUUGCAAAACAUAAGAUAAACCCUGGGGAGGAAGUUAUUGUUUCUGGGUUGAAUGGCCCACAGAAUAGUGACCAGUCACAGCAGGGAAAUAGACAAAAACUGUUCCAGGCCAAGAAAUAUGUGUGUUCGUGUCCCACAUGCUUUGGAACGGCUGAAAGAUUAACCACACUUUCUGACAAGCAAAAACAAUUUUAUAGGCAAUUCAAUAUCAUUCGUUUAACAAAUACGUGCGAUCACAACCGUGCCCCAAAGUUUUAUGACGAAGCCAAGAAAAUCAUGGAUGUUCUGAAUGAUGUCCCAUUUUCUGAUGAAUACAUUGAAACAUUCAACUUGUUUUAUAAAUGUUUAGUUAUUUUAACAAAUGCUACCACUGACAAUACUAUUAUUGCUUAAUUCAUUCAUUUAAUUUCUUUACAUUUUUUUUUUCUCCAUAUAAGAGUCAAUAAGGUUUUUUUUUUUAUUUCACCUGACAUGUUUAAAUGCAUUCGGAAGUAAAAUGGAGGCUAAAGGACAGAACCGAAAAUUAUAUACAUUAUUGUGAUUUAUAGUGUGUGUAAAUAAAUGUGUCUUAUACAUAUAAGAUUAUGUUGGACUUA